AUGACACGAGCUUCGCAGCACCAUCGCCAGCAGCAACAAUACGAGCUCGGUCUGCAAAAGCUGCACGACGUGAGCUUGCAAGUCAUGGAGAUGCAGCAGCAGCUUGAAAAGCUCCAGCCGGAGCUAGCGAAGUCAUCAGUGGAGAUACAGCAGCUCAUGCAGGUCUUGACAGUCAAGCAGGAGAAAGCUGCAAGUACAAUGAGCCUCGUGGAAGCCGAGGAGAGAGAAUGCAAGACCCAAGCGGAAGCAGCUGCUGCAGUCGAACGCGAGUGCCAAGACCACCUAGCCGAAGCCAUGCCUGCUUUACUCGCGGCCGAAGAGGCCCUUAAGAAACUAAGCAAAGCAGAUAUUACUGAGCUUAAGAGUAUGAAGGCUCCCCCAUCCGGCGUGGUGAAGGUUAUGGAGGCUCUCUGCAAGCUAUUUGGAGUUCCGCCAAUUUUCGUUCAGGUUUCACCCUCGUUGCCCCGUCAAGCAGACUAUUGGCAGACAGGAAAGAAACACUUACUCGGCAGCAGCCGCUUCCUUCAGCGCCUCCUUAACUUUGACAGAGAUACUAUUGCCCCAAAUGUCAUGGCCGCCAUUGCUCCCUACGACGACGACGCGGACUUUGACCCAGAAAUCGUCAACAAAGCUUCAGUUGCAGCCACAAGUCUCUGCCUCUGGGUAAAAGCUUUAAUAGCUUAUGACAGGGCAAACAGUGCAGUGCGGCCUCGCCGAGCGGCACUCCAGCAGGCGCAGAGCGAGCUACAUGCAGCUGAGGCAGUACUCCGCGAUAAGAAGGAGGAGCUACAGCAGCUUGAGACGCUUAUCACACAUUUGUCUCAGCAGUACCAGCAGGCUCUUCAAAGGUCAGAAUCACUUCAGCAGGAGGCGCAAACCUGCGAGAGACGUUUGUCUGUGGCCGAGAAACUUAUUGCCAGUCUAGGGGGUGAACGCGUCCGGUGGAACCAAAGCCACGAACUCUUGAAGGGCAAGGUGGCACGAGUCACGGGGGAUGCAACCUUGAGCGCAGCCUUUAUAGAAUUCGGCGGCAUUUUCCGGCCUUCGUAUAGAGUCAGAUGCCUCACGGCGUGGCAGCAGGCAUUGCAAAAGUUCGGCUUGCAAAGCACGCCCGACUAUUCCCUGCAAGAUGCGCUCACCAGUCCCCAGGAGGUGUUGCGGGCUGAAGAGCCUAAUCUUCUGAGGUCAUUGCAGCUCCUCAUGCAGUGCGGCGCUAUAGUGAUUCUAGAGUGCUUCUCUGAGAGACUGGACCCUGCCCUUAACAACUUACUGGAGUGGAAGCGACCGCGAAAUGUUUCGUUAUCCUUUGGAGCUUCUAGUGCCUCAGAGGCUGCUCACACUGAGUUGGACGACGGAACCUCUUCCACUGUUGCUCUAGGCAGGUGCGGAAACUCGGGCGCAUGUGUUCAGGAGAGCGUCUUAGAUGACUUGGAACUACUUAGUACGCUUCGGCAUGCAAAAGCUGUUUCCGAAAGCUGCAGUGAACGGCUUCAAGAACAGCAGAAAGCUCAGGCUGCUGCGGAUGCAACUUUGUCGUUAUAUUCCCCUGUUGCCCGACGGGCAGCUAGUCUCUUCCAAGUCCUACAGCAGCUUGAAAGCGCUCACCCCAUGUAUCUCUUCAGCGUUCAGGUCUUUCAACAGUGCUUCGUCGACGCUGUUUUGUCCCUGCAACUGAGAGGGGCAGCUACACACGAGGAACUACAGCAGUUACAAGCGCCUCUGGUUCUGCCUUAUGUUGAGGAUGAGAAGGUACAAAAAAGCCAGGACUCCUCUUCAGGGGCACCGAGAGCUGCAGACACAUCAUGGCUGUCAGCAAGUUCUCGUGAAAAGCUAGAGGGCCUUCGUCGUCUCGGCGAGCCAUUCAGUUCUCUCGUCUCCGCCGUUUUAGAUGGGCACGGUGAUUGGGAGGCAGCUCUUUAUGAGGAGAACCCUCUAGCGAGCGAAUGGCCCGAUAACUGGAACCAGAGGUUGUCACUGUUGCAACAAACUCUUUUAGUUCAAUGCAUAAGGCCCGAAUGCCUUCGCAGUUGCCUACAGCAGGUCUCGGAGUCGGAGCUAGGCACAGUUUUGGGGGAAGUCACCCCUCUGGGCCUCGGAGAAGCUCUAGAAUCUGCUGGAUCAAAACGCCCGCUUCUCAUAAUGCUUGGACCGGGAGCAGACCCCCAAGCAGCCCUUUUACAGCAUGCUGAAGCAACCCAUAUGCGCAACAAGUUCGUUUCAGUGGCUAUGGGCAAGGGGCAAGCGAUCAACAGCGCCGCGGAGAGCGGUCAGUGGGUGCUUCUCCAAAAUUGCCACCUUGGGCUAGGUUUCCUGAAGCAGCUAAGUGUCAUAGUCUCUGACUUGGCAAUGCAAACUCCCCACAAAGAUUUUCGGCUGAUCCUGACAACCGUCCCUUGCGACGACUUCCCCAGCGCCAUCCUUCUUCAGCUCCAAGCUGCUGCCCCGCCAGAUGGCUUGCAACCCUUGCCAUGGAGCCUCUUACAGCACCUUGUAUCAGAAGUCAAUUACGGCGGCAGAGUGACAGACGAGUGGGACCGGUAA